UUAGGUCUGGGCUUGUCCACGGGUAUGCACCCAGAAAACUAUGAUGAUGAAGCUUUUUUUCAGCCAGAUUAUGACGAUUUUGACAGUUAUAAUCAACCUAGACCAAAUUUAAGGGUACAAAUAGAUGCGGAGGAUGUUUCAGACUCUGAUUUGUCUUACAGGCAAAACCAAGAUAAUUUUGUACAAGAUAAAAACAUGUCACAAAAUAUGUUAAAUGCAAUGUUUGGGGGUGAUUCAAAAGAAAACACUGAUCCUUCUGAUACUGAAUGGUCCAUGCCAAAACUAAAAUCUGUGGUCAAGGGUGACCCAAUUGUUUCAUCGUUAGCCUCUUUAAUCAAUACUGCUUGUACCUCACAGUGUGAUGUAGAGGAUAUGAUGUUGAAAUAUAACGUCCCUCAAAAUUGUGACAAGUUGUGUCCACCUUUGAUAAAUUCUGAAAUUUGGAAAAUUCUCGAUAAGAAGCCCAAAAGUUAUGAUAGAAUGCUAGUUGAGAUACAAAAUCUGGUUGCGACAGGUGUUACCUCUAUUAUAAAGUUGGUAGAUUUACUGAAAGAGGUUAUGUCGAAAAAUGAUGAUGCAAAACGAACUGUAUCUGAUGCAUUGACCUUAUUUGGUCAGGUUCAGUAUCAUUUAUCACUUCGUAGAAGGUAUCUAUUGAGACCAAAUUUAAAGAAAAAAUAUAGAAAUCUGUGCAGUCAGAGUACGCCUAUCUCAUCGCAAUUGUUCGGAGACGACAUAGCUAAAGAAAUUAAAAAUUGUGAUGCUGGUAUUUCUAUUUCUUCUCGUAUAGAUCAGUUUAGUAGACCUUUUAUUAGGGGUAGAGGCUCCUUCAGAGGAAACAGGGGUCGUCGUUUUCACCCUUAUGGCGGCUAUGCCUCUAACCAGCCACAGAGUACAGAUACAUACUACCAGCCGUGGCAGUCUAGAGCUAUGUAUAGGCGUGGUGCUAGAGGUCGGGGAAGGCCAAGUGCAACAGUAACAUCCCCAAACGAACAGAAUUGAACAGUUUACCUAAGGCUACCAAGACAUCAAGAUUUGUUGCGACUGACACACAGUGGAGAGGUUCAUCCUCUGGCAAAGCAGAUCACCUUGAUCGGUGCAGUCAUAUCAGGGAAUCGCUGCAAAGUGCAAGAAUUUCAUCACAAGCUAUUGGAAUCAUCCUCGAGGGCUGGCGAAAAGGAACCAGGAAACAGUAUGAUUUGGCCUUCAGAUUCUGGUAUAUUUGGUGUCGUAAACAACAUUGCAAUCCAUUUCAAACAACUGAAAGUAAGGUAGUAAAUUAUCUUUGUUUUCUUCUGAAAAGUGGUUCUUCUUACAGUAAAAUCAACACACAUAAAAGUAUGUUACUGCAGACAUUGCCUUUCUUUGGAAACUCCUGGUGUUCUUCAAGUAUUCUGAUACCCAGAUUCAUGAAGGGAGUAUUUAAUUUAAAACCACCUGGUUGUCGGUAUAAAUUCACAUGGGAUGUUUCAGUAGUGUUAAGAUAUCUUAAAAGCCUUUUUCCUUUAGAGGAUUUAAAUCUAAGAAUGUUGACUUUUAAACUCACUGCACUUAUUGCUUUGACAACAGCUCCCAGAGCUCAAACUUUGGUGUCCUUGAAUUUAGAUCAUGUACAUUUUGGUGACAGUAAGAUUCAGUUCUUCUUUCCAUAUUUAUUGAAAACUACAAGGUCAGGUAGACCUAAUAAUUUUGUAUUGAAACUGGAACAUUACCCAGAUGAAUCUUUGUGUGUUAUGCAUACUUUAACUUAUUAUGUAAAACAGACUGAAAAUUUGAGAAAUUCUAGACAACUCCUUGUUUCUUACGUGACUUAUAAAGCCGUAUCUACAAGUACUAUAGCCAGAUGGCUUAAGACAGUGCUUGAAUUAGCAGGGAUAAACAGUGAUUUCUUUAAGGCACAUUCCUUUCGUUCAGCUUCAGUGUCAGCAGCAUAUAGUACAUGCUCUUUGCAAACUAUUUUGAGUACUGCUGAUUGGAGUAAUGAGAAAAACUUUCAUAAAUUCUAUUUUAGAAAUGUUAUUCCAUCAGAAUUAUCUUUCGCUGAAGCAGUUUUGAGCAAAAAGUAGGUGUUGUGCCCUUUAUAUGUAGUGACUGAUAUAUAUUACUUGGAGUAAAAGUAUACUUAUUUCUCUUUGUUAUUGUACUUUUGUUGACGAUACUUUAAAGAUGCUGUUCAUACAUGCGAGAGCUGAAGGCUUUAUGAAAAAUAAUGUGCCCUCAUCCAAGCGUUAGUGAUGGAUGAGGGGCAUUAUUUGAGUAAAGCCGGAGGCCGAGCAUGUAUGAACCCUCCCUUUUUU